UGCUGAAAGGGGAAAUAGAGAUGAUAAAGGCAGUGAGGAGGUUUUUCCAGCUAUUUCUUGGGAGAUAACUGGGCUGAGAAAUGUUCCUCUUGCAUAGAAAGAAGUGACUCUUCGAACCUUCACUUAGAGGGGAUGGAAAAUAAUAAUUAGUGGCAGGAAGAGAAGAAUGAAAAAUGGCUGAUUUCUUACUACUUGGUACCAACAACUUCCGUAAGUUCACUUAUGAAUCCUUGGUUGCUAUCGAAAAGAGAAUUGCUGCCAAGAGGGAUUGUCGAAGAACUACUAUAGACCAGAAACCUGAGGAGAAACCACGUCCUCAGCUUGACCUAAAAGCUUUCCAGAAGUUACCAGCUCUCUAUGGAAGUCCUCCUCCAGAGCUCAUUGGGGAACCACUGGAGGAUCUCGACCCAUACUACAAAGAUCGUAAGGUUUUCAUAGUGCUAAACAAACAGAAAACAAUCUUCAGGUUUACUGCUACACGUGCCUUAUGGAUCCUCAGUCCUUUCCAUCCAAUCCGAAGAACAGCAAUUAAAAUUUUAGUACAUUCAUUAUUUACUUUAUUUAUCAUUUGCACUAUUAUAACUAAUUGUGUAUUCAUGGCUCUGGCUGAGUCCUCUAAGACUUCUUCAUCACCUUCAUGGAACAAGUACAUUGAAUUUACUUUCACUGGCAUUUACACUUUUGAAUCAUUGAUAAAAAUAUUGGCAAGAGGAUUCUGUCUAAAUGAAUUCACUUUCCUUCGAGAUCCCUGGAACUGGUUGGAUUUCAGUGUUAUUGUUAUGGCGUAUGUGGGAGCAUUUAGUAAUUUGGGAAGUGUGUCUGUUCUUCGGACUUUCAGGGUUCUGAGAGCUUUAAAAACCAUUUCAGUAGUCCCAGGACUCAAGAUCAUUGUAGGGGCACUAAUCCAGUCUGUUAAGAAACUUGCCAAUGUGAUGAUCCUGACCGUUUUCUGCCUGAGUGUCUUUGCCCUUAUAGGCCUCCAGCUUUUCAAGGGCAAUCUAAGAUAUAAGUGUAUCAGGAAUACUACAGAGAUCAGUAAAACACUUUAUUUUCUUAACAAAACAUGGGAAUCUUAUGAAAUGUUUGCUAAUUAUACAGCAUACUUUGCUAAGAAAAGUGGGACCUCAGAUAUUUUGCUGUGUGGUCCUGGUGCUGGGACCUGUCCUCCAGACUACAUAUGCUUGCAACUUGGGCCAAAUCCUGAUUACGAUUUCACUAGUUUUGAUACAUUUGGCUGGGCUUUUCUUUCCUUAUUCCGUCUGAUGACCCAGGACUACUGGGAACGUCUGUACCAGCAGACCCUCAGAGCUUCUGGGAAGGUGUAUGUACUCUUCUUCAUGCUGGUCAUCUUUCUGGGCUCAUUUUAUCUAGUCAACUUGAUUCUGGCUGUAGUAACAAUGGCAUAUGAAGACCAGAACAAGGCCACCAUUGCUGAAACAGAGGCAAAGGAAAGAAAAUUUCGGGAAGCCAUGGAAUUAUUACAGAAGGAGCAGGAGUCAUUGGCUAUUAAAGGAAUUGAUAUCCUGUCAGUUAGCUCCUUUGAAGCCUCUUCUCUGUCUACCAAAGAAAUCAAGGAAAGAAGCAAUAGGAAAAAGAGAAAUAAGUCCUUGGGGAUAGAAGAUAAUGAAGAAGAACAAUUUCCCAAGUCACAGUCCACAGACAGUCAACGAAAGUUGUCUUUCCUUGGCCUGGUGUAUGGUCCCAACGCAAAUCAGGCGAAACACAGACUUAGUUAUGGGAGUGUUUUCAGUUCCCAAAUACCUGCUUUAGAAGUUGAUUCCAGAACCAAUUUCAGUGAUGAGGAAACUCUCAGUGCUGGGGAACAUGAAAUCCAGUGUCGGUCACUGUCAGUCACCCAUAUGGGAAGACGCUCCAGCAUGCAAAGUCAAAUGAGCCACAGCUCUCAUCCUGCUACCCCAAACUGCGUGCAGAGCAGCAAGUGGGCUAAUGUGGAUGACUGCAAUGGUGUGAUUUCAGUGAUGGGAGGAGGAAGCAACAGGGUGCACAGUCUAGAUCCGGUGUCUUCUGAAGGAGUACUGCUUCCACCGGUGAUGGAAGACCUGGGAAAGGGUGGUCUGCAGCCAGCUAUAAAUGAUGAGAGCAGCUUGAUGCAUUUGCCUCCUCAUCUGUCAGUGGAGUAUUUUAAUGAGGCACUUCAGAGACAAAGGGCAGCAAGUGCAGUCAGCAUAAUUACCAGUGUUUUGGAGGAACUUGAAGAAUCUCAGCGGAGAUGCCCGCCGUGCCUGAAUGAUUUUGCUUUAAAGUACCUAAUUUGGGACUGUUGUCCACUUUGGUUGAGAAUCAAGAAAAAAGUGGCUACUUUCAUAAAGGAUCCUUUUAUUGAUCUCACCAUCACUGUUUGCAUUGUGAUGAACACUUUAUUCAUGGCACUGGAGCACAAUAAUAUGUCAGAUAAUUUUAAAUCAAUGCUUCAUGUAGGCAACUUGGUUUUUACAGGAAUCUUCACUGCAGAAAUGAUCUUAAAAAUCAUCGCUCUAGACCCCUAUUAUUAUUUCCAGCAGCACUGGAAUAUUUUUGACUGUAUAAUUGUCACAUUGAGUUUAAUUGAACUGAGUUUACCCAAGCACAGAGGCAAGAAAGAAAGGCGAAAAGGAGGAUCCCUGUCAGUUUUACGAUCCUUCAGACUGCUGAGAGUCUUCAAACUGGCAAAGUCCUGGCCAACUUUAAACACUCUAAUUAAAAUAAUUGUUAACUCCCUGGGAGCACUGAGCAAUCUGACCUUCGUCCUGGCAAUUAUCAUUUUCAUUUUUGCUAUAGUAGGGGUGCAACUUUUUGGGAGAAGCUAUGGGGAGAACAGCCAUAAAAUAAACAAAAAUGGCGAGCCACGCUGGCACAUGAUGGACUUCUUCCACUCAUUCCUCGUCAUUUUCCGCAUUCUGUGUGGAGAAUGGAUUGAGACCAUGUGGGACUGCAUGGUGGUUGCUGAACAACCACUGUGCCUUCUUGUCUUUCUGCUGGUCAUGGUGAUAGGAAAUUUAGUGGUUCUCAACCUUUUUAUUGCACUACUGCUGAAUUCCUUCAGUACUGACUGUCUCCAGACAGCAGAGGAUGACGGAGAGAUAAACAAUCUUCGGAUUGCCUUUGCUCGGAUUCACAAGGGAUUUCACUUUGUGAAGAGCGUUACGUGGGAUACCUGUUGUAGAAAGCUCAGGCAUAUAAAGAAAGUGCACAGGAAGAAAAUCAAAUUGACUGCACAGAACACACUUGGGUUCAAGUGUGAAGAAAUAAAAAAUUGUAAAGAGAAUUACAAUAAUGAAUGGGCUGAUAUGAAUGGGGACAAAUGUUCAGGUCCUGAUGAUUUUAUUAACAAUCCCAAUGUAUUUGUUUGUGUCCCUAUUGCUGAGGCAGAGAAUACAAGUGAGGGUUUUGAAGAUGAUGAUAAACUGAGCACAUUCACAGACAUAGAAUACAGCAAACAGGACGAAAAUCACCUGAGACAAAGGGGAGAAAGAGGGAAAAAUUCAGGCAGCUGGAGUAAAGGAUCAGGAUUUUCCUCUGAAGAAUUUAGUGUGCUUUACCUAGGAAAGGGUAGAAAGGUUGAACCAUCAUCACCAGAAGAAAAAGAGUUUGCCAGCAUCAGCCCUUCUGAAUGCAGCACAGUGGAUCUGACAAAUCCUGAAGAUCUUUUGAGACAGAUUCCAGAGUUUUCUGAAGACUUCAAGACUCCUGAAAAAUGUUUUCCGGAAGGUUGUGUUCGAUACUUUCGUUGUUAUGUGGGUAGUGCCAUAAAGUUUGGAGGAGAAACUUGGUGGAAUCUGAGAAAAACCUGCUACCAGAUUGUUGAACACUCCUGGUUUGAAUCCUUUAUCAUAUUCAUGAUUCUUCUGAGCAGCGGAGCCCUGGCAUUUGAAGAUAUCCAUAUAAAUGAGAGAAAAAGUAUUAAAAUUAUGUUAGCAUUUCUUGACAAAAUGUUCACUUUCAUCUUUGUUCUGGAGAUGCUCCUGAAAUGGGUGGCCUACGGCUUCAAGAAGUAUUUCACCAAUGCCUGGUGCUGGCUGGACUUCCUCAUUGUAGAUGUCUCUUUAAUAAACCUCUUAGGCAGUUCAUUUGGCCCCAUGAAAUCUCUUAGGACUCUCCGAGCUCUAAGACCCUUAAGAGCAUUGUCACGAUUCGAGGGAAUGAGGGUGGUUGUCAAUGCCCUCCUGGGAGCCAUCCCUUCCAUCAUGAAUGUUCUGCUCGUCUGCCUCAUCUUCUGGCUCAUCUUUAGCAUAAUGGGCGUGAACCUUUUUGCUGGGAAGUUUGGGAAAUGUGUCAAUCUGACAGAAGAAGAUUCAGAAUUAAAUAGUUUGAUCAAUAACAAAACAGACUGUAGCACAUACAAUAACACAGGAAAGAUAUUCUGGGUCAAUGUUAAAGUCAACUUUGAUAAUGUUGGCUCUGGCUACUUGGCUCUUCUUCAGGUGGCAACAUUUAAAGGUUGGAUGGACAUCAUGUAUGCGGCAGUAGAUUCACGAGAGGUAAAUGAUCAGCCGCAAAUGGAGCAUAGUCUAUUUAUGUAUCUUUACUUUGUGAACUUCAUCAUCUUUGGAUCUUUCUUUACCCUUAAUCUCUUUGUUGGUGUUAUUAUUGACAACUUCAACCAACAAAAGAAAAAGCUAGGUGGGGAAGAUAUCUUUAUGACAGAAGAACAGAAAAAAUAUUACAAUGCAAUGAAAAAGUUGGGAUCCAAGAAACCUCAAAAACCCAUUCCAAGACCACUGAACAGAUACCAAGGUUUCCUUUUUGACAUCGUGACACGCCAAGCCUUUGAUGUCGUCAUCAUGAUUCUCAUCUGCCUUAACAUGAUCACCAUGAUGGUGGAAACCUAUGAGCAAAGUGCAACAAAGACUAACGUACUUAACCAAAUCAAUAUACUCUUCAUUGCCAUAUUUACUGCAGAAUGUGUACUGAAAUUGGUGGCUCUGAGGCAGUACUAUUUCUCAAAUGCCUGGAACAUAUUUGAUUUGGUUGUUGUGAUCAUGUCAUUUAUUGCCUUACUACUUUCUGGCAUCGGUAAAGCAUUUGAACAUUUCUUACCACCUACACUCUUCAGGGUCAUUCGCUUGGCUCGGAUUGGACGAAUACUGAGACUCAUUCGGGCUGCCAGAGGAAUUCGAACUCUGCUUUUUGCAUUAAUGAUGUCCCUACCUGCUCUGUUCAACAUUGGCCUCUUGCUUUUUCUGGUCAUGUUCAUUUAUGCCAUUUUUGGCAUGGCUAAUUUUGCCUAUGUGAAGAUGGAGGAUGGCAUUGAUGACAUGUUCAACUUCCAAACCUUUGCUAACAGCAUGCUCUGUCUCUUCCAAAUCACAACAUCAGCUGGCUGGGAUGGUCUUCUCAGUCCUAUUUUAAACACUGGACCACCAUAUUGUGAUCCAAACAUAAAUGGUACUAUAGGUGAAUGUGGUAAACCUGCCAUAGGUAUUAUUUAUUUUGUAAGUUACAUCAUUGUAUCAUUUCUCAUUGUUGUAAACAUGUAUAUAGCUGUUAUUCUGGAGAACUUCAAUGCUGCUACUGAGGAAAGUACAGCACCUUUAGGGGAAGAUGACUUUGACAUCUUUUAUGAAAUCUGGGAGAAGUUUGAUCCCGAGGCAACUCAGUUUAUAACUUUCUCUGUGCUUUCAGACUUUGCAGAUGCUCUGGCUGAACCUUUACGUGUACCAAAACCAAACAAAGUUGAACUCAUAGCAAUGGACCUGCCUAUGGUCAGUGGAGACAGGAUCCACUGCUUGGAUAUCUUAUUUGCUUUUACCAAACGAGUGUUAGGAGAUUCUGGGGAGCUGGAUACUCUAAAAGUACAAAUGGAGGAGAAGUUCAUGGCUGCCAAUCCAUCAAAAAAGUCCUAUGAGCCAAUCUCUACUACGCUCAGACACAGACAAGAGGAAGCUUCUGCCACUGUAAUCCAGCGUGCCUACAGGAGUCAUUUGCUCCUGCGCUCCAUAAAGCAGGCUUCUUACCUGUACCAUCACAGAACUUGCAGUACUGACACUCUUGGAGAUGCUGCUCCAGAAAAAGAAGGACUUAUUGCAUCUAUGAUGGGUGAAAACUAUGCUAGGAGUCCUGACAAGUCUGAAACUUUGUCCUCAGCAUCCUUUCCUCCAUCAUAUGACAGUGUCACAAGAGUCAGUAGUGACAAUCUCAUGGUUGAGAAUGGGGAAACUACAGGUAAUCAACAAUCUCCAGACAUUAAAUAGUUCAACAGUGACGAUGUUAAGGAUAUUUUAAAAUGUUCACAGAAGUUGAUAUUAUAAAUACUUAUCAGCUGAGGCAACCUCCCUAUUAAACAAAGUCUGUUGAUCAUGAUCAGUUAACUAUGGUAGCUGCUAAAUUGUAGCCUUUGGCUCUGUUACAUUCAGCUUUGUUCAGUGUUUACGUAUGCAGAGAAAGGGUUUGGAUCUGUUUGAUCAAGGGCACCCCACUGCAAAGCAGGUCCCACAGUACCUGAGUGCUGCAGCAUAUUCACAGCAGUGAUAGGUAACAUCUGCUGACAUUGCCCUUGGUGCAAAGAAGCAGAGAAAAGCCCAAGCACUAACGAAUCUGCUGGAGAACAGGAAAGGAAUGUCAGUGUUAAGAUAAACUGCUGAAUGGAAAGGAGCUAAAAUUUACCCUUAGUCCUUUCCUAACUGAUAGUCUCAUUACAAACCUGUUAAGCAAAUGGCUGCUUUUUUUUUUUUUUUUUUCCUUUCUGUUUGGGGACAGAUGUACUACAAACAUAACCACUGCAUGAUCCACAGAUAUGCACAGUGUAGUGGGCUUCUUCCAACAUAAUUGAUUCACAGAGUAAGUCAUGGCAUGUAUGUUAUUGUAGUUAUAUUACUGCAGCUUGAUGAAAUAAUAAAUACAACUCAGUGUUACAGAAGUUGUACUGAUCUGAGUAAAACCUUGCUUUAUAUUGGUCUGUGAGGAUUAUUUUUUAAAAUCUUGUUUCCUCUGGCAGCGAGGUGAAGGCAGCAGUGCUGUGUCCAUCAGUCAUUCCAUAACAAAUUGUGUUUAUUCCAUACUUUUCUCAAACUUCACAGAAUGGUUAAGUUUCAUGCUCAAGCCCAUCCCUGCCAAUGUGGUAAAGAGACACAAAUCUACAUUUCCACUGGGAGGCAAUUGGUAGCAUCACCUGACCACUCCCUUAGACAUAAGAAACUCGGGUGGGGAGCGCCAUGUGGGCUCCAUCUGAGCUGCCCUGGGUUGUGGUAGUGAGCAUCAUCUGUGGCCAUGGAACGAGGCCUUGACAUAAGUUAAAUGUGUUCCACUGGUGGUAGGAGCCUUUCCUCCUUCUGCCUGUGCUUCUUUGAUGGGGGGACCAGCUUUCUCUCUCCUGCAAAGAUCAGAAGAAACCAAAGUACAAGUAAUGUGGACAAUUAGGAAAUCUGGGUUGACGUAUUUGAGUCUGGGGUUAACAUAAGACUAAGGAUGUAACCAUAAAUUCUACUUCUCAUGAAACUAUGCAUGCAUGUGGUCACUUGUGUUCCUUGCUGAAUUUUCUUUUUGAAGUUCUUUAUUUUUCUUCGUGUCCUUACUAGCUUGGGCUUCUCAGAAAAACACAUGCCCAAACAGUACUCAGUCUUAUGUCCUUUAUACAUGUACUUUGGAGAUACUUCCAGUUGAUGCACUUUGCUGUCUAAUGACUGUUGUGUUAUCCUUUCUCAUGCACUAGCCAUAGUCAUAAAUCACUCUUGACAUUUUAAUUUCUUAUUUAAACUUCAAACACGUUACACACAGGCUAGCAUAAGAUGCUCUUUAUUUUUUUCUUAGUUGCAAGGCUGUAGCUGUGUGGUCAUUGUUAGGUUUGACAGGUUCUGGCAAAGCUUAGGUGAGCUUUUCCCUCCACUCUGCCUUCAGCCAGAAACAAAACUGAGUUUUGUGACUGAGUGGGACCUCCUGUACACUUUGCUUGCAACCUGUAGCAAGUUGCCUACUCUUUUCAACACCCCUUCUCUACGGUGGCAGUUAUAUGUCCUGUCUUGUGUAACUUUCUUCUUCUCCUGUCUUUUCUAUGUAUUGAGAUUGUGAGCUUUUUGGACAGAAAUUUUCUUUUACUAUGAAUGAUAAAUUACACCUAAUAAUGAGACUGGUUUUAGUUAAGACUGC